AUGGCGCCUUCAAAAAACGACAAAACGGCCGCCGGACGACAAGACCUCCGAUUCGAUCUUUGCGCAUCUGCCAUCAUUCGUGGACGAGGCUGCGGUCGCGGCAUAUACCAAUUCAACUGGGUUAAACAACCCAGCGACCACAGUCAAAUCAAGGGCAAAGAGACCAGCCAAGAAGAAGAACCUUUGCGCCGUGCUGAAAACGACCAGGUCCAACAGACUCGUCUUUGUGCGACCCAGAAAGAGGCUAUGCUGGAUAGCAGUGGGAAUGCCGGAAUUUCGUGUCCAGGUAAACGUAUGGCAGAUGGCCCAGGCAGAGUGGUGAUGGAAGCCAUUUCUACGGCGAUGCUUCACGAGGCUGAUGCCCCUUCCGCGGUAGUUGAGCCCGUUGAUACCAGUCCGUAUGUCAGGGAGUCACGCCAAGCAAGCGCAUGCGCGAGGAAAUUUUACGUUGCGUGGAACGACGCCUCGACGGAGUCAAGGGAUCCCUUUCCCAAACACCCUCGUGUUGAGGAGUUGGAGGCGGAUGCUGCCGUGGACUUUCCACUCAUCGCGGACGACCUCAACGAUACGGAAACGCCAUAA